CGCGCUGGGGAGAGAGGAAGGGACGCUGUGCUCCGUGAUUCCCUUGUUAUCCCUGCUAUCCACGUGCCCCCCUUGUUAUCCUCGUGCUCCCGGCCUUGUAGCGGUGCCGUGGCGGGGCGUGUAGGCGUUGACAUGUAAGCCCCGGUCGUCUACCCUCCGUGCCCUAUGGGGGUCCGUGGACGGGGCAGCACUCACGGUCAACGGCACUGCCCAUACACUCAGUCCACCCUGGCGGGGACCUCACCAAUGACCUCCAUGAAAACAGGGUCCCAGACAAGCCAGUUGGUCUGAAGGUGUCUUGUGGUCCAUUACAGCCGUGGCGCUGACUGACCACAUCAGGGUGUGCUGGCAGCCCCCCGCACAGCACAAUGUGAUGCUGUGCGGCUACACCAUUGCCUGGGACCAAGGCGUGGCGGACAUCUACUCCAAGAUCGUGGACAGCAAGCAGCACGGUUACAUCAUUGAUAAGCUGGAACCCAACAUGGAGUUUGUGAUAAGCCUGCGAGCCUUCAACAACGUGGGUGACGGGCAACCGGUGUACCAGCAAGUCCGCACCCAGCCAGAGGAGGAGGUGGUGGCACCCACGCUGGACCCGGCGGUGUGGGUGAAGGCCGUGGUGCUGACGCCCUUCACCGUGGUGCUGCAGUGGGCGGACACCAUGCUGAGCCAGAACCAGUACAACAGCUGCACCACCUUCUCGUCCUCAUCCUCCAGUCACACGUCAACGCCACGGAUGUGACCUGCCUCAUUGACAGCCUCAAGCCAUCAACAGUGUGUGAGUUUGCUGUGAAGACCAUCAGGGUGAGACCACAGUGCUGGAA